AUGCAUGCAGUGAUCGCUAUAGAGGCGGGUGCAUUGACUAAUUUGUACCAGGAGUGUCUAACUUUGGGCUCAAUCGUAGCAAGCUAUUUACUCAAAACCAAUUAUUUGCCGGUGACAAGAUACUCAGAUCUGUAUAUUGGUAGUGGAGAUAUUGGCACCUUUGUUGUUUCAGUUGGCACAGUUGAUUACAUUAAUGAGUUUAGCCUUAGUAAUAAAGCAAUGAAUGAUGAAUUUACUAUGGGCAAUGUCCUCACAAGUUUGAUUGAAUAUAAUCAAAAAAAUAUUUUCAAAUGUGAUUAUAGGGAGCUUAAGUCCAAUCAUAGAAUUCUCUUGUACGAGUAA